AUGGGGAAGUUCACACUGCCUUCAGCGUGUGUCACACUUCACACUGCCUUCAGCGUGUGUCAUACUUCACACUGCCUUCAGCGUGUGUCAUACUUCACACUGCCUUCAGCGUGGGUCAUAAUUCACACUGCCUUCAGCGUGUGUCAUACUUCACACUGCCUUCAGCGUGUGUCACACUUCACACUGCCUUCAGCGUGUGUCAUACUUCACACUGCCUUCAGCGUGUGUACAUACUUCACACUGCCUUCAGCGUGUGUCAUACUUCACACUGCCUUCAGCGUGUGUCAUACUUCACACUACCUUCAGCGUGUCAUAGUUCACACUACCUUCAGCGUGUGUCAUAGUUCACACUGCCUUCAGCGUGUGUCACACUUCACACUGCCUUCAGCGUGUGUCAUACUUCACACUGCCUUCAGCGUGUGUCAUACUUCACACUGCCUUCAGCGUGGGUCAUAA